UGCUGUUCUAUAUAAGGACGCUGGUUGGAGGGGUCCGUUUAUCACACAAAAUUUGUUCCUCCUUCGCCCUUAACGACUUCCACACGCGUCUAACCACCUCUUCAAAAAAUGAUCGCAUCUCACCCUACCCCUUUCCCAGCGUACGGUCACCGUGAUACAGGAAGACGCGGUUCCUCACAUAACAUAUCUAAUUCUGCUGUUCAACUUCCCCGAAAACUUAGUCGGCCUGAAUAUGAAGAAGUUUCAAAGCGUGCUAUCAUUGCAGCUUCCCCAGAAAUGGCCCGUGGCGACAUACCACCACCUGAAUACAUCCAGCAAGGUCUUUUGGCGCAGACUUCACAAUUAAUGUCAGGUUUGAGUAGUCUGGCACCAUCUCACCUCCCCAGUUCAUUACCCUCAUCACACCUACCUGCUUUCCUGACCAUCCCUCUACGCCCACCAACGAGCUCUACAACUCCCCAUUAUCCUACACACGCGCUGGCCGUCUCGUCCUCUAAUAAUCCUGAAGCCCAGGCUCUCAUCAUUCCGAUUCACGCCUUGGUAGUCGCAUCCCAUUGCGCUCGCUUCCCCGAAAUUCGUGCACCCUCAUCGCGUCUCCAAGGACACAACCUCCAACUCCCAGUCAUCCCCAUCACACUCCCUUCACCAGGGGCCUUCACGGUACUCGUAAACUACAUGUAUUCGCAUCGCCUGGAUAAAGUUUUAAAAGAACUAUUAUCCCCCAUGCCUUCCGGGUUCAUGUCCAACCUCUCACGACGUGACAUACGCGAUAUUUUAGAUUCGAGGUCUACGCUUCACGAGCUUUCGAAGUAUCUGUGCGAGCAUGAUCAAUAUAGUCUUCAGCAGUUAACAGCUCGUACGGUUCGCGUUCGGGAUGUGUGGUAUGAUUUGGUUGCUCUUGGGUUACAUGCUCCGGAGUUGUGGGAUGCUCUUGAUUUGGCUUGGGAGGUUAUUCUUGGGGCUCUUAAUAUCGCUGCGGCCCCUCGUGCAUGAAUGGGGAUUUGUUGAGAAUCUCCACACUUCCCCCCCUCCCCCCUGCCCCCCACCCCUCCGGUUCUAUAUUGCUUUAUGCUAACGCUGGCCACCCCGUGCCCCGCCCCAACGCUGGUUCGUUCCCUGUGACGACGGUUACAUCCGUCUCUACAACCCAUCUUGUAUUUUGGCCUCCUAUUCGUGGACCUUUUCUAUGAUUUUCUUCUCCUUCUCCUCUCAUGUCCUUACUCUUGCGACUGUUCAUAAUCUUUCUCUCGCUUUCUUCUCAAUUCUUGCACAACCAUCCAAUAACUUCUCUUGAUACCCAAUCACCCUCGCCCUGAUCAUGAUCAUCUUGUAGCCAUUAACACCUCCAUGCUAUUGUCUUUUUUUUUUUUUUUUCCCCUUUCCUCUUCUGGGUUUUAUAUAUUCUACCCCUCCGCUGUUUGCCUCUUGCCUCGCGGAUUGCCUUAAUAGUAAUAGCUGAAACUCCUCUGUAGCUUUGUUGAAUACCCUCCUGUUUUUUUUUUGGGCUGUCUAUUGUUGAUGAUUGCCUCAUGCUAGACCGAUAAAAUGUAUCCCUUGUUUCAGAUUCUUGACUUUGACGUUGACUAUAUCUCUGAU